AUGGGAUAUUACCGCCCGACCGAGCCCCCUCCCAAGGAGACUCUCGCCAACCGCAUCCUUACCCGACGUCAAGCCCAUCUCAGAUGCGACGCCCAACGGCCCUGUUCGCGCUGCCUCAUGAAUGGCAAAGAGGACUCCUGUAUCGAUGUUCAGCACAAGAAACGAGGACGGCCGCGGUUACGCGAUGAUCGAGAUGCGCGGUUUGAAGGAUCCAGGUAUAUCGAGCGAGCACUGGCCAGCGAUGCCAACGUGUAUCCGGCACCACCACUAUCCAUCACCACGCGGCCACCCGAACCGGUGGCCUACCUGACGAUGGAAUGGGAGCUUGUGAAAGCUUCCGCGACCUUCCUAGAACUAGUUGGCCUUCAGGCUCCAAGCGGCCGGUCCUUGUUCGACGUAGUGUUGCCAGUGGAGCGGGAACGUAUCGCGGGCUACAAGACCGCCCUCCAAGAAGACCGCUCGCGCCAAGAACCGCGCUAUCUGCCGCCGAUCUUCAACAAACAAGAAAGCGAGAGAGUUAUCCAGACUCUGGGUUUCGGCGCUGAGGACAUCUCGCGAGUCCAGCUCGAACGUCACGGUCUUUUAACAUUCCUCUCGACGGACGGGCAACGGUCGAUGCCGUUCCAGUUUGGCCUCACCAAGGUAGAAUCCAUCUACGUAGUGCCCAGGAGUAGGGCCAAGUGCUCCUGCGUAUUCACCAUCUCCCAGCCGCCCCGAGUACGCGGCGAGUGGAUCGUCGUCGUACCAAAUUCCGCGGAGUGA